UUCCAGCCCUGGCACAGUUGUGCAACCUCCUGCUGUGGCGCUAUGACAUUCUCCUGAAGUGAACUACCGCGAAGUAUUCCGAAAGACUUGUGUGAAGUGUGUUCCUCAAAAUGAAUUACUUGGCGAUCACCUUAGCGUUGCUGUCGGUUGCAGUGAUACCGGCGAAUGGUGUUAUUAAAGACAGAAAACGCACAAAACCUUACCGGUGCCAGCCUCUGAUCCUGACCAACGGCAUCGCGCGCAUGAGGAACAGCGGCCAGGAAAUGCGCUUCAAGUGUUCGCCAGGCUUCCGGCUGCUGGGAGACCAGUAUGCUACCUGCGUACGAGGCCGCUGGAACGUUGAGCUGCCCGUCUGCGUCAGGAGAGGUUGCGACGUAGUACCUGACCCGACGAGUGGAUCGUGGCAGCUGAGUAUGGGUGGCGCAGUGGCGACGCUGGUGUGUGACCCCGGCUACACGCUCAGCUCCAGCGCCUCGUCUCAGAUCUACUGCAAUGGGCGCGUCUGGAGGCCGCGCACGCUAAGUCCCACGUGCAGAGCCCUGAUUCAUUCGCCGAAAUCCUCCUGCGAUUUUGAAAGUGAAGAUAUCUGCGGCUGGUCGCAGGAUUCGGUUACCGAUUUUCUUUGGAUAAGAAAUAACUACUCUACACCUUCUGGGCAUCUUAACACUGGUCCGUCUUUUGACCACACAUAUGGAUCUGGAUUUGGAGGUCAUUAUAUGUACAUCGAGUCCUCGAGCCCACGAAAAGAAAAUGAUUUCGCCAGAUUGUACUCGCCUGUGUAUGGCAAGGAAUUUGCAGAUGACGGAUGCUUCAUGUUCUGGUACAACAUGUAUGGAACAACGAUAGGAUCUCUUAAAAUCUACGUGAAGCCCCAGAGUCGACCGUUUAAGGACUUGACGCCAUCGUUCCUGAAAUAUGGGAACCAGGGCGCGCGGUGGAUUCAAGGGAUAAUAUCACUCACCUCAAUCAAUGAUACAUUCCAGGUAAUCAUUGAAGCUACCCGAGGGAACGGAUUUCUAGGAGACAUAGCUGUCGAUGACGUUGCUCUUAGAAAAGGGGACGACUGCCUCGUCGUACCAGAUCAACCCAUCACAGCAGCCAUACGCCAAGAUGUGGAGACGGCAACGCGGGAGCCGCUGGUUAAGAGUUUCCCCACGUUCCUGCCGGCUCCGCCGCUGCCAGACCUCCCCCCCAUGCCGCCGGCAGCCGAGGCGACGCCACCCCCUCCCCCUCCAUCCACCUUUCCGCUCCCCUCCACUCCACGCCCGGCCACUGCCGCAGGCACUACAACGAGCACUACUAACUUCAGAUCCACCAUUUCGACAACCACUUCAGCGUCACUCUACUCGUACAGGACACGUCAGACAACUAGUGUUACUUACCCGGGAAAUCGGACAUCAACAGUUACCCCUACUUUCAAUGUCAGCAAACUUCGUACAGUGAUCACAGAGAGACCACCUAUCGUUGCUACUACGGAGAGAAACGUAACUAAACUUACCACUUCUAGCGUGGGAACAAAGUACAGGUCCGUCGUUCCCGUAUUCACUAAGUAUAUGAGUACUACCCGAAAGCCAAGUCCCAGUGCCAAUACGUCAGCUUCCUUCAAUAGGACGACGCGAUCUACAACUAAACCCACUUCAGCUCGUGUCUCCGCUUUAACUACACCCACGGUUACUACAGCUAAGAGUCCUCCUACUGUUCUGAUAACGCGGAAGACAGUGACUUCAACGACCAUCACCACUCGUCGCCCAAGCACUUCAACUUCUGUAUAUGUGACCACCUCGAAACAGCCCGUAACGAAAGUGGAUUAUAAGAAAAAGUUGGUGACUAAUACUACUGUAAUCCCUGUAUUGCCCUCAAAAGUUACAACACCAUCUACAACCUGGUCAACUCGUUCCAAAGUACAAAGGUUCCCAGUUAUUUUCAAAACAGCAUCCACUCCUACGACCACGUCCACUCGUUUCCUUCCUACCACUGUUUUGAAGACCACUCUCCAUCCUUUAACAACUAUUGGAUCUGCUAAACCAGCAUCACCCACUUUCCAGCGAGUUGUAAAACCAAGAUGGUCAUCAAAUAGAACUCAAGUUAAGGCAGCCCCUCCGAGCGGCCCAUCUGCCAAGACUAUCGGCAUUGUGGUUGCCGUAAUACUGGCAGCGCUGCUCUCCGUCGUCGCAUUCUUCGUCGUGAAGAAAAGGCUAAGACUGAGAAGGCAGAGGAACGUGGCGGAAGACUCCGAUGUUCGUUACCUCACUUCGGACGAGAUCCUCGACUUCAACAUGGCGAGGCCGGCUGACGAUGACGCGUGAUCGCCAGUGGUUGCAGUGCCAUGGAUUUUUACCGACAGUUUCGUUCCCUACCUGCAGCUUCUCUGGCGAAGUAGAAGCGCACUUUAAAAAGACGCACCAGACUUUUAUGUUCAAUAUGUUUCUUCGAGAAAGAGUUUUAUUGUGACUGAGUCGACGAUGUAAUAAUGGUAAAGAGACGUAAGAGCUCGAUUUUCUAGGAAUUAAUUAAGCAAUUACGUACAUGCAGUGCGUGGUUCAUGACCACAACAGAACCAAUAUCGACUUUUGGUUUGUGGCUACGUUACUCAGGUACAAUGAACGAACUUAUUCACCCCCAAUUCAAGUACAUUCAAUAUACUGUAAGCUUCAGAACUGAACAGUAUCAUGAAGCACUGAAUUACAUUAACUCAAAGUAUUUCACAGUGAUCUUGUAGAACAUCAUACCUGUAGUUAAUUGAAAAUUGCAAGUCUGUAAUAUUAGUUUCGCUGAUUCGGUUACCACAGUUCUGCAUGUAAUAAUGUAUUGUUUUAAUUAUGUCAAAAAUGUGAUUUGAUAUGUAAAUAAACAGUAAUA